AGGCUGAGGACUUUGUGCAACUCUGCCUCACUUAAAUCCAAUUAAGUCAAAAGUCAAGAAGUCAGCCCCUGAUUUGAAAAAAGGAAGGACAAACAACAUCAAAUGUGUCAGAGGGAAAACCUUGCAUCCAAGUCUUCCUGACUACAAGGACAGCUCUCUACCUCCUGCACCCUACAUCAGCGCCGGAGCUGAGACCGGAAGCUGGAGAAAGAAAGCAACUCCACCUGGGCCGGGAAGAAUAACUCAGCAACACCGUAGCUGUUUGUAACCUUGGAGCACCAGCCCGAGUUUAUUUUCCUCUUUGGACAGAAAUUUUGCAGCGUCAUCAAGUAAAUAAUAUCUUUUAGAAUUCUGAAGUUCCUGAAGACAAUUUCAACAAAAGGUCAUGCAAAAUCAAGAGCUACCUUGUGUUUUGAUAAGUAGUUUUGAAGGACCCUAUGGUGUGAAUGAAGAUCAUGUAGAAGAUCUUAAGAAACAUUUUAAUCUUAUCACCAUGCAAGAAUUUCUUGAAAACAAAACACAUCUCAGUCAAAAGAUACAAGCAAUAUAUAUAUGGGGAGGGAAACCACAUAUUGACCAGGAGCUCCUGCAGAGCUUACCUACCUUGAAGAUUAUUGUAAAUCCAGGAGCAGGCCUGGAUCAUCUGGACCUGAACAUGAUUGCCAGCUUUGGUGUGAAAUUGGCCAACACUCCACAUGCUGUUACUAACAGCACUGCAGAUAUGGGAAUGGCCCUACUUCUGGCAUCAGCCCGGAGAAUAUUAGAAGGGAAUGAAAUAGCUACUUCACCAGACACUAAGCACUUUUCUAUUAACUGGAUGGGCCAAGAAGUGACUGGAUCUACUCUGGGAAUCAUAGGUAUGGGCAAUAUUGGCUAUAAGAUUGCUCAGCGAGCCAAAGGAUUUGAAAUGAAGAUUCUGUAUCACAAUAGGAACCGCAGGAAGGUGGAAGAGGAACAGGCAGUUGGAGCCCAUUACUGUGCACAGUUGGAUGAGCUGCUGCAGCAAUCAGACUUUGUAAUGCUGGCCGUCAGUCUGACACCCCAGACUCAUAAGUUGAUUGGAAAGAGGGAACUAGGACUAAUGAAACCCACCGCUUCUCUUGUUAACAUUGGCCGAGGUCAAUUGGUUGAUCAAGAUGCCCUAGUGGAAGCUCUUCAAACUGGAAUUAUUAAAACUGCAGGAUUGGAUGUGACUUACCCUGAGCCCCUACCAAGAUCUCAUCCUUUGUUAAAGUUAAAGAAUGUUAUUUUAACACCUCAUAUUGGAAGUGCAACUCAUCAAAGUCGACGUCUCAUGAUGGAAAAUAUGGUUGAAAGCCUUUUGGCUGCUCUCAGUGGCCUUCCCAUUCCUAAUGAGAGCCCACUAUUUAGCAGUAAAGAGAGCACUGUUUACCUAGGAGUAAGAUUUUCAGUCCAGUGGCUGAGCGGAAAGAAUCAUGCACUGGGAGAGAGAGGUAGAAUGAGAAAGAAGUUCUGGUAUGAAAGUCCUUCCCUGGGACCUCACCUAACACACAAUACAUCCAGCUGGGAAAAUCUAACAAAACAUACUUCAAAGAAGACGAGGAAAGAAGACAGCAUACGCAAAAGGGCCCUGGAUGGCAUUCUUUGUCGAGCAUUGUCAGAUUUGAUCUCUACCUCUGAAGUGAAUCAAGAUGUCUAUGAUCUGAAUGUGGAAUUUUCUAAGGUAUCUCUUGCUCCAGAUUUCUCAGCCUGUCGUGUGUACUGGAAGACAUCCCUCUCCGCUGAGCAAAAUGAUCACAUAGAAACAGUUUUACGGAGGAGUGCUUCACGUUUCAGGCAUCUUUUGAUUACCCAUCAAAUCCUAAGAAAUGUUCCUCCAGUAGUAUUUAUUCGUGAUAAAGAAAGUGCAGCAAUAGCAGAGGUAAAUCGGUUAUUGGAAAUUGCUGACUUUGGACCCCCUGAUGAAAAAGAUUUGACACAAAGUGACCCAAGUGAAUGUAAGGCUUCAGCAGCUUCUGUAUCAUCUCAUGUGUCAGAAUCCACCGUUCAGCCAAGUCUCUUUGGAAUUAACCAUGAGGCACUCCACAAACAGAUAAUGGAGUACAAAAGAAACAAAGAGAAAGGGCAUGAAGGUGUAAGCAUUGGGAGUGCAGAGCAAGAGCGGGAGCAGGUAUCCAUGCUGCAGAAGCAGGUGAAGAAGAAAAUGAAGAAGGCAAAGCGUCCCAAGGAUGAUGACAUUACCCCCCAGGAGUAUUUCCUCAACAGAUAUGAUAAUCAGCUGGACAAGGAUGAUACAUUUUUUGAAGAAUGUAAACCAGAGUAUGAACUGCAGGAAGCGUUAGAGAAAUUAGAGUUAGAGGAUAAUAGUAUUUGUGAAGAACAAAGUUCAUUAACUGCAGGUCUUGGAGAAAAUAAACUUAAGAAGUGUUAACUUUUCUGACAGUUUAAAAAAAAAAUUUGGUUUAGUUUGCUAUUUAACAUUAAACUGGUCCUAAAAAUGUACUCCUGUGCUAUCAUUAUGCAUAUUAUUAUUAUUAUGCACAUUAUUAUGCUUCUAUUUUGAAAAUUAAAAGUACAUUUUUCCAUUUUCAGAAUGGGAAGUCAGUUAAGGAGACACAUCAAAAAUUUCAGGGAAGAGUAAAACUGAGUUGGUCAAGAAAAGAUAUCAGUUAUUUCUUCUGAUCUAAGCUGGAAUCUGGUUUAUUGCCAUCCUGCUAUAGAUUUUCAUUAAAUAUCUAAUAGCUCAUUUGUGAAUUUAAGCCUGCUUUACUGUGUAAGGAGAACUUGGAAGAUUGCUUUCUCUCCUUUUCCCUCUCUGUUGUCUUAAUCAUUGCAAUUGAAAAGUAUGUUAAGUGCCUAAUUAGGUAUAGGGCUAGGCAGAGGGUACUCCCCAGAAGAACCCUAGCCCUGGUAAGAAGCUUGCUUACUAAUACAAGAACUUUAAAGAAACAACUCUGCAAGUGUUAGUAUGAACUCAUGGAGCCAAAGAUGAGCUGUAGCAGAAAGAAAUGAUAAACUUGGAAUGUAGUUCUGUGUGACCUUGAGCAGGUUAAUUCACUUCUCUGGGCCUCAGUUUCCUCAGUUGUAAUAUGAGGGAGUUGGACUAGAUCUCUAAAAGCUCCUUCCAGCCUAAGACCUUUGAUUAUAGAGAAUAUUUUAAUCCCACCUGUCAGCUAAACUUUCCAAGGUGAGUAAUGUAUCUGCUGAAGUUCUCUUAGAAAAUUCUGUUAACUUUUUAUCGAUGGGAAGAGAGGGGGAGCCAAAUUCUCUUGCCUCAAAAUAAAGUUACAGGGGGCAUUUGGAUUUAUGUCACCCUCAACUUAGACUGGCUAGUUGGAAAUUGGGCUUAACUGAUAAUAAUAAAAUUGAUCAAUUGAUGGUAUUGGAAAAAAAAUAAUAAAAUAUAUCUUCUGGUAUAAAAGAGACUGAGUACAGAGUUUGGUAGGCUUUCAAGACCACUUCAUUUCUGUUCAUCUGUUCUUGAGAAGUAUCUCAUUAUUUUAAACCAUGUGCCCUGAAAAUAAUCUCUCAUUUAUAGUACAUUGUUACUCUGAAGCUUUACAGUAAGUUGCAAAAAUGUCUAUUACAUUUUAUGAGUUCAGGCAUUGUAUAUGCUUUGAGUGUAGACUUAAACCUUCUCUAAAUUUUUAUUGCCUGACUCUCCAAACUUUCACAUUAGCCUAACUUUGCAUUUAAUAAAAUGAAUUAUUGAUGGUAA